GUGGUAGAGUUGGAGUGUUGGGCUUCGUCACCAUGGCUGCUUCGUAUCUGCUUGUGUCUUCUACCGUGUUGGCCGCUCUGGUGUGUGUGGUGACGUCACAUAAACAGGCCCAUACGCCCAUCAGCAUGAGAUGUGUGUCCCAGGGCCGCUUCCCCCACCCAGAGGACUGUGGAGGUUUCGUGGACUGUCUGCCUGACGGUGCUGGAGGCCUUAAAGCUCGUGAGGGAACCUGCAGAGGGCGAGCCUACCAUCCAACCCUCAGGAAGUGUGUUAGCCUGCAGAAGGUACACACUUGUAAGCCGCGCUCCGCCAGGGCUCUCGUCUCUGACCCCAAGUUGGACUUCGUGUGCGAGGGCGCCAGCAGUGAAUUUGUGUGUGCCGAUUGCAAGACACUUGUCAAUUGCGUCAAUGGCACUGCCUAUCCGGAACCUUGUGGGUCUGGUGACCUGUGUGCCUUCAAGGAGCCUGAGUUUGGAGGCGGGGUGUGUUACCCUGGCCAACCUCUAGAAUGCACCUGCGAUCAACCCAACCAAUUCAAGGUAGAUAAUUACGACGAUGCUCGCUUCUUCUUCUGUUCAAACGAGGGUUCGGACCCCCAAAUCUAUCAGUGCCCUGAUGACCAGGUCUUCGACACUACAAUGAGCCAGUGUACGAACUACGCUGGAUUGCCAGAGUGUACCAACGUCGGCGUCUUUGCCAACGUCAACAACUGUACACAAUACUACACCUGCAUUUUCACAAUCAAUGGGUGGGUGCAGAAGCCCUUCUCUUGCGACAACGCGACACAAGAGGGCUUCAUGUACAAUGAGGCUAGCGGCAAGUGCGAAGACCCCUGCUCCUGGGAGACUGGCAGGUUCACAUGUUCCAAGGAGGGCCGCUUCCCAGACCCUCUCAACUGCAACCGCUACUACGAGUGUGUGGCUGACAGCACCCACACCUCAGGCCUCCGUCAGGACCUACACGAGUGUCCAGAGGGUUACGAGUGGGACCCAUCUGCCAGGAGUGAGUACGGACACUGUGUGUUGGAAGGCACCAGCAAGUCGAAAUGUUCACCGGUGAGAUAUAACAAGUGUACCAUCUCCCAGGACCAGUGUAACCAGAGCCCGGCGGAGAUACCGGCCUUGGCGGAGGUACAGACCUUGGCGGAGACACAGAACCAGGUACCAACGGAGGAGACACAGAACCAAGAAUUAGCAGAGCAGACGACUGACGUUCCAGAACAGUGAAGCAAGACCCGUUCAGGUCCUCCUCACCAGCCAUCCUACCUGCCUUAUGUAUGGUCUGGCCUCCCUUGACCACCCGCCACACCAAUUUUCCUUGUUAUACUUUGUUAAGAAUUAUUUGUUAAUUAUUUAUUCGUUGUUGGAUCAAUAAAUUAUAUCCGUGUCAUAAAA